AUUUCAGACUACUAUGCGAAUUUUCUUACAUAUGCCAAGAGUUUUAGUAUGAGCGAAUUUCACAAUAUCCAUUGCACAAUAACCGUAAUGCCCAAUCUUGAUGUGUUUGAUUGAAUUAAUGUAGUCUCCAAUAGCUGAAUUAGAGUUUGCAUUCAAUAUAAUUAUUUUUUUAAACAAAUAUUGGAGACAAAUGUGUUUGGCAUGUUUUUUCGGGCUCUGUGGAUUGGUUGCAUGGGUGGGUCGAGGUGACGCUCCUUGAAGACUCGAAUACGUCGCAAAGAGACCCGCCCGCUUUUUACGCUGUUAUGGGCAUCCGUCGUGACAGAAUACCAUCGGACUGUAAACAUGGCGGCGUGCACAGCUAGAAGUCUGUGCAAUAUACCACCCUUGUAAGUCUAAAGGAUAAAACCAUCAAUUAUGGAAACUGAAGAGGAGCAACAUAUGACAACGCUUCUCUGCAUGGGCUUUCCGGACCCUGUUGCUAUUAGGAAAGCCCUGCGUUUGGCCAAAAAUGACAUAAACGAAGCUGUUGCGCUUCUUACCAACGAAAGCCCCGGGCUCGGGUAUGGAUAUGAGCCGAUGGAAAGUGGGCCUGCCCCUGGGUCAGGGCCUGGUGGAGACACCGAGACUACUGGUCGAACUGGGACUGGAGGAUUUGAUCCACCACCUGCAUACCAUGAUGUCGUGGAGAGUGAGAGGACGAGUGAUGAGAAUGGCAACUGCUCGGGGGGCAACAUGGAGUUCCCGACCACCAACUUGUAUGAGCUGGAGAGUCGUGUCUUCACUGACCACUGGUCCAUCCCCUACAAACGUGAGGAGUCACUGGGCAAGUGCCUCAUCGCCUCCACGUGCCUCGCCAGACUCGGUCUGGCUGAUGCAGAUGAGAACUGCAAGAGGUUCAUGGAUCGCUGCAUGCCCGAGGCCUUUAAGAAGUUGUUGACGUCGAGUGCGGUGCAUAAGUGGGGUACUGAGAUCCACGAGGGCAUCUACAACAUGCUGAUGCUGCUGGUGGAGCUGGUGGCCGAGCGGGUCAAGCAGGAGCCCAUCCCCGUGGGCCUCAUGGCCGUCCUCACCAUGGCCUUUAAUCCCGAUAACGAGUACCACUUUAAGAACCGCAUGAAGGCGUGCCAGCGCAACUGGGCCGAGGUCUUCGGGGAGGACAACAUGUUCGCCGUCUCACCCACCUCCAGCUACCAGAAGGAGCCCCACGGCUGGCUAGUGGACCUGGUGAAUCGGUUCGGUGAGAUGGGAGGGUUCACUGCUGUCCAGGCCAAGCUGAACAUGGACGAGAUUGAGAUCGGGAGUGUGUCAGCGCUGGUUCAGCCGCUGAGCGUGUGUGCAGAGUAUCUCAACUCCAGCCUCGUCCAGCCUAUGUUGGACCCAGUCAUUCAUAAGAUGAUCACCUAUGUACAGAAUCUGGAGGAGAAAGACCUGAAAGAUAAGCGGCUGGUGAGUAUCCCGGAGCUACUGUCGGCCAUUAAGCUGCUCUGCAUGCGUUUCCAGCGUGAGCUGGUGACGGUGGUGGAUGACCUGCGACUGGACAUCUUACUGAGGAUGCUCAAGACGCCGCACUUCAGCGCCAAGAUGAACUCGCUCAAGGAGGUGACCAAGCUGAUUGAGGAGAGCACGGUGUCCAAGACGGUGAAGAACGCCAUUGACACGGACCAGCUCCUGGACUGGCUGGUGGAGAACUCUGUCCUCUCGAUAGCCCUGGAAGGGAAUAUUGACCAGGCGCAGUACUGUGAUCGCAUAAAGGGAAUCAUCGAGCUGUUGGGCAGUAAGCUCUCUUUGGACGAGCUGUCAAAGAUCUGGAAAAUACAGGCCGGCCAGUCCUCCACCGUCAUAGAGAACAUCCACACCAUCAUCGCCGCCGCUGCUGUCAAGUUCAACUUUGACCAGCUCAGCCACCUUUUUGUUCUCAUUCAGAAGAGCUGGGAGGUGGAGAGUGAUCGUGUUCGGCAGAAGCUGUUGAGCCUGAUCGGGAGGAUCGGGCGAGAGGCUCGUUCAGAGGCCACUACUGGCAAGGUGCUGGAGGUGCUGUGGGAGCUGGCCCACCUGGCUACGUUGCCCAGUAGUCUGGUGCAGCAGGCCCUGGAGGAGCACCUGACCAUCCUGAGCGACGCCUACGCCGUCAAGGAGGCGGUCAAGAGGAACUACAUCAUCAAGUGCAUCGAGGACAUUAAGAAGAUGCAAGUGCAGGAGGAGCCAAAGUCUUCCAACGAGACACAGGUCUCUUUUCUAACUGGCUCCUGGGGCAGGAAGAAACCCAGCGCGCUGGCCAGAUCGUCACAGCAGAGCAACCCUCAAGCUGUGUGGGUGGUGCCUGCUCUGCGGCAGCUCCACGAGAUAACGCGCUCCUUCAUCAAGCAGACUUACCAGAAGCAGGACAAGAGCAUCAUCCAGGACUUGAAGAAGAACUUUGAGAUUGUGAAGUUGAUCACGGGUAGCCUGGUGUCGUGCCAUCGACUCGCUGUGUCUGCCGCUGGCUCAAAUGGCCUGUCCGGCUCUACGCUCGUGGACGGACGAUACACCUACCAGGAGUACCUGGAGGCACACCUGAAGUUCCUGGCCUUCUUCCUGCAAGAGGCCAGCCUCUACCUGGUGUGGAACAGGGCCAAGGAGGUCUGGGAGUGCCUGGUCUCCGGCAUGGAUGUCUGCGAGAUGGACAGAGAGAUGUGCUUUGAGUGGUUCACUAAGGGCCAGCAUGACUUGGAGAGUGACGUUCAGCAGCAGCUGUUCAAGGAGAAGAUCCUCAAACUAGAGCCGUAUGAGAUUACUAUGAACGGUUUUAACCUCUUCAAGACCUUCUUUGAGAAUGUGAACCUCUGUGACCAUCGACUGAAGCGGCAGGGAACCCAGCUGUGUGUGGAGCGCCUGGACCUGGCUGGCAUGGACUUCAUCUGGCGUAUCGCCAUGGAGUCGCCUGACGAGGAGAUCGCCAACGAGGCCAUCCAGCUGAUCAUCACCUACAGCUACAUCAACCUCAACCCCAAGAUGAAGAAGGAUUCUGUUUCAUUGCAUAAGAAGUUCAUCGCAGAUUGUUACAAAAGAUUAGAGGCGGCAAGCUCAGCCCUGGGUGGCCCCACCCUCACUCACGCGGUCACCAGGGCAACCAAAAUGCUGACAGCCACCGCCAUGCCCACAGUCGCCACGUCUGUACAGUCCCCUUCCAGGUCAACAAAGCUGGUGAUUAUCGAGAGGUUGCUGUUGCUGGCGGAGAGAUAUGUCAUUACGAUAGAGGACUUGUACUCGGUUCCUCGGACUAUUCUACCUCACGGAGCCUCCUUCCACGGACACCCUGUCUCCCUACACGUCACCUACGAAUCUACCAAAGACACCUUUACCCUGGAGGCCCACAGCAAUGAAACAGUAGGCAGCAUCAGGUGGAAGAUUGCAGAGCAGCUGAGCUGUCCGGUGGACAAUGUCCAGAUCUUUGCAAACGACAGCAUGCUGACUAUGAACCGGGACCAGAAGCUUCUGAACCAGCUGGGCUUCUGUGAUGAGCAGAGUCUGACUGUGAAGAGCUCAGGCACUGGCACCCCAUCUGGAAGCUCCGCAGACAGCUCAGCUAGUGUUAGCAGCAGUAGCAGCGGCGUCUUCAACUCUGCAUAUGCCCUCGAACAGGAGAAGUCCCUGCCGGGUGUGGUGAUGGCGCUGGUGUGUAAUGUGUUUGAGAUGCUCUACCAACUGGCUAACCUGGAGGAGCCGAGGAUCACGUUGCGUGUGCGGAAGCUCCUGCUGCUGAUCCCCACUGACCCAGAGGUGCAGGACGCCCUCGACAACUUCGUGCCAAAGGAGUCCAGUGUCUGGAGCCACCAGAAAACCUUGUUCACGCUGGGCUCGGGCUCGCAGGCCUCCAAGUCUCCGUCUCUGUCCAGCAAGCAGCAGCAUCAGCAGAGCGCCGCCUCCAUCCUCGAGUCCCUCUUCAGAUCCUCCGCACCCGGCAUGUCAACAUUCAGGGUCCUGUACAACCUGGAGGUGUUGAGUUCGAAGCUGAUGCCAACGUCAGAUGAUGAGAUGGCCAAGACCAGCGUCAAGUCGUUCUGUGAGAACUUCCUCAAGGCUGGUGGACUGAGCCUGGUGGUGAAUGUGAUGCAGAGGGACUCCAUCCCCUCCGAGGUGGACUAUGAGACCAGGCAGGGGGUCUACUCCAUAUGCCUGCAGCUGGCCAGGUUCCUGCUGGUAGGGCAGACGAUGCCGAGCAUCCUGGACGAGGAGGUGACGCGCGACGGCCUGGACACGCUGUCGUCGCGGCCGUUCCGGAACGCGGGGCGGCAGGGCAGCCGUCAGCUCUCGCUGUGCGGCACGCCCGAGAAGUCCUCCUACCGCCAGAUGAGCAUGUCCGACCGCUCCUCCAUACGCGUGGAGGAGAUCAUACCGGCCGCACGCGUCGCCAUCCAGACCAUGGAGGUGGGGGACUUCACGUCCACAGUGGCCUGCUUUAUGCGGUUGACCUGGGCUGCAGCGGCCGGUCGCCUGGACCUGGUGGGCAGCAGUCAGCCCAUCAAGGAGAGCACCAACUCCCUCUUCCCUCUCGGGGUACGCAGCAGAGUCAGCAGCACAGGCAGUAACUGCAGUUCGAGCAGCGAGGGCGAGGUGACCACUCUCCAGGCGGGCAUCUGUGUCAAGCAGCUGUGUGUCUCCAUCAAAGACACCAUCAUCGCCCGAGAAGCACUCUCACUACUCGUCACCUGCCUACAGCUACGCUCCCAGCAGCUCUGCUCUUUCUAUAACCUGCCGAGCGUAACUGACUUCAUCAUAGACAUCCUGUUGGGUUCGCCGAGUGGAGAGAUCCGGCGUGUGGCUUGUGACCAGCUGUACACGCUGAGCCAGACGGACGCCUCCGCUCACCCUGAGCUGCAGAAGCCCAACCUGUUCCUCCUGAAGGUGGUCCUCACCGCACAGCUGCCCCUGUGGUCCCCUACCAGCAUCAUGAGGGGCAUUAACCAGAGGUUGCUGUCUCAGUGCACUGAGUACUUCGACCUGCGCUGCCAACUGCUUGAUGACCUCACCUCCACUGAGAUGGAGCAGCUGGCUAUCUCUCCGGCGGCCAUGUUGGAGGAUGAGAUCAGCUGGCUGGAUAACUUUGAGCCCACCUGGACGGCGGAGCUGGAGACCAGCGAGGCCGACAACAUCCUCCUAGCAGGACACCUGAGGCUCAUCAAGACACUGCUGUCACUCUGUGGCAACGAGAAGGAGCAGCUAGGUAGGACGGGCUCGUCUCUGAUUCAGCAGCUGCUUGAUGACUUCCUGUUCCCCGCCUCCAGAAUCAUCCUCAACAGCAACAACCCCUCCAGCUCACAACCCCCCAGCCAUGACUUCCACCCCAACUCUCUCCCCUCCCCUCCCCCUACCAGGUGCAGUACUGUGAGUAGUCGUCUAGCGGCCUAUGAGGUGCUGGUGAUGCUGGCUGACUCCUCCCUCACUAACCUGCAGCUCAUCGCCCGGGAACUGCUGUCCAUGCACCACCAGCCAGACCCCUCGCUCACCAAGGAGUUCGACUACCUGCCCCCUGUGGAGAGUCGUUCUGUGUCGGGCUUCGUGGGCCUGAAGAACGGAGGAGCCACCUGCUACAUGAACGCCGUCUUCCAGCAGCUAUACAUGCAGCCAGGUCUGCCAGAGGGCUUCUUGUCUAUCGAGGACGAGGCUGAGAACCCAGAUGAGAGUGUGUUCUGCCAGGUGCAGUCUCUAUUCGGACACCUGAUGGAGAGCAAGCUGCAGUACUACGUCCCAGAGAACUUCUGGAAGAUCUUUAAGAUGUGGAAUAGGGAGCUGUACGUGCGCGAGCAGCAGGAUGCUUACGAGUUCUUCACUAGCCUGGUCGACCAACUGGAUGAACACCUGAAGAAAAUCGGGCGAGAGCAGAUCUUCAAGAACACCUUCCAGGGAAUCUUCUCCGACCAGAAGAUAUGCAAAGACUGCCCACACAGGUAUGAGCGGGAGGAGACCUUCAUGGCGUUGAACCUGGGGGUGACGUCCUGCCAGAGCCUGGAGAUCAGCCUGGACCAGUUCGUCAGGGGAGAGGUGCUGGAGGGAAGCAACGCAUACUACUGCGAGAAGUGCAAGGAGAAGAGAACAACAGUGAAGCGUACGUGUAUCAAGUCUCUGCCCAGUGUGCUUGUUAUUCACCUCAUGCGAUUCGGCUUCGACUGGGAGAGCGGACGCUCCAUCAAGUAUGAUGAGCAGAUCAGGUUUCCGUGGGUGUUGAACAUGGAGCCCUAUACGGUAGCAGGCAUGGCGCGGCAGGACUCGAGUGCGGAUCACGGUGAGAACGGUCGGGGAGGGGAGGCGUCUGGUGGCUCGUCGCCCAGGAAGAAGGUCACCAUCUCGGAGAACUACGAGCUGACCGGGGUGGUGGUGCACAGCGGACAGGCCCACGCUGGACACUACUACUCAUUCAUCAAGGACCGCAGGGGUGGUGCCCGUGGCCGCUGGUAUAAGUUCAAUGAUAACGUGGUGGAGGAGUUUGACAUGAACGAUGAGACGCUGGAGUACGAGUGCUUUGGAGGAGAGUACAGACCUAAGGUGUACGACCAGUCUAACCCGUACCCAGACGUGCGUCGUCGCUACUGGAAUGCCUACAUGCUGUUCUACCAGCGCAUCUCGGACCAGAACUCCCCCGUGCUGCCCAAGAAGAGCCGUGUCAGCGUCAUGAGGCAGGAAGCAGAGGACCUCACCCUGUCAGCCCCCUCCUCCCCCGAGAUCUCCCCACAGUCGUCCCCACGGCCGCCCAGGGCCAACAAUGACCGGCUCACCCUGCUGACUCGGCUGGUGCGGAAGGGGGAGAAGAAGGGGCUGUUCGUGGAGAAGAUGCCUCCUUGGAUCUACCAGAUGGUGAGGGAUGAGAACCUGCGCUUCAUGAAGAACAGGGAUGUCUACAACUCCGAUUACUUCAACUUCACCCUCUCGCUGGCCUCUGUCAACGCUACCAAGCUGAAGCACCCGUCCUACCAGGCCAUGGCCAGGAGCAGUCUGCAGCUGGCUACCCAGUUCCUCUUCCACACAUACCUGCGCACCAAGAAGAAACUCAGGUCUGAUACUGAGGAGUGGAUAGCCACGGUGGAGGUACUGCUGUCUAAGAGCAGUGAGGCGUGCCAAUGGAUGGUGCAGUACCUGGUGGGACAGGAGGGCAGAGAGACCAUCAAGAUCUGCCUGCUGGAGUGCAGCGUGCGCGAGGUGCGCGUGGUGGUUGCCACGGUGCUGGAGAAGACUCUGGAGGCGGCGCUGCACUUUGCGGACGCCGGGCUGGACAUGCUGCUCGACAUGCUGCUCUCGCUGCUCGACAAGGACGUGCCCGAGAACUGCAAGAACUGCGCCCAGUACUUCUCCCUCUUCAGCAACUUCGCACAGAGGGGCUGUGAGCCGUGUCAGCUGCUGUUGAAGCACUCAGCCUAUCGCCGCAUGCUCAUCUUCCUACUGGGACCCAACCGCCAGAACAACCAGAACCGGCGGUGGAGUUCGGCCCAGGCCCGAGAGUUCCUGCACCUGCACAACACGCUGGCCCUGGUGGUGCUACACACAGACAUGACCACACACAGGACCGAGGCCCCAGGAGAGUACAAGUACACCUCGUUUAAUGUCCCUUCGACACUGCUCCCUCUCCACCCUGACAUUAACACUCUGCUGUUCAAGCCUGAGGGACAGCCAUACCUGCUGGAGGUGAUGUUUGCCAUGCGGGAGCUGUCCGGUCCCCUGUCGUUCCUCAUAGACAUGGUGACCUACUGCUGCUUCUGUAACGAGCCCUUCUCCCUGGGAGUGCUGCAGCUGCUCAAGAACCAGCUGGAAACUGCUCCUCCUCACGAGCUGAAGAACGUCUUCCAAAUGCUCCUGGAGAUUCUGAUGGUGGAGGAUCCACUGCAGGCUAAAAGACUGAAGUUUGCUUUUGAAUCAGAGAAGGGACUGCUGGCACUGAUGCACCAGAGCAACAAUGUAGACAGCAGUCGCUGCUAUCAGUGUGUCAAGUUCCUGGUUACUCUGGCCCAGAAGUGUGCUCCUGCUAAAGACUACUUCAAGGAGUUGUCAGGCCACUGGAGCUGGGCUGUACAGUGGCUGCAGAAAAAGAUGUCCGAGCACUACUGGACUCCUCAGAGUAACGUCUCCAACGAGACCUCCACUGCCAAAACCUUCCAGCGCACCAUCUCCGCACAGGACACGUUGGCCUAUGCCACUGCGCUGCUGAAUGAGAAGGAGCAGUCCGGCAGCAGUAAUGGCUCCGAUGGCAGCCCAGCCAAUGAAAACGCAGAUCGCAGCCUCCGACAGGGCUCAGAGUCUCCUAUGAUGUUGGGCGACUCCAAGAGUGAUUUAGAGGACGUCGACCCCUAAAUGUUUUUCUCAACAGUUAAAUGGGGUGGAAUAUAUUAUUUUUUUCAAAGGCAACAAAAAAGAAAGAAGAAAAAAAAGCAUAAACAAUCCCUCCAAUGGAGAGAGACAUUGUGGCUUCAAGCAGCCAAUCAAAAAGACUGCAUCUGACCUCCAGCCAGCAGACUAUGGAUGUGGCGGGAAAGGAGGAGAGGAAGAAGAAGAAAAAGAAGAUGGAGUCGCGGGAAGGGAAGCAGACGCAGCCAAUCAGAACACUCGUGUUGCCGCGGUGAUGCUGGAGACGUGAACCCGCGAGGGUCGUCACUAACGGACACAAUGCUGUAUCGGCCCAGAGAUCUCACCUGUCAAUCAAUCAAUCACCAUGCCCCUGACCACACCCCCAACCAUUUAUGGCCCCCACGCAGACCACGGUUUGUUAGCCUCUAGCAAAAAGUGUUCAAAGAAAAAAAGAGCACCAAUGAAAUCAGCUCUUAUCCCGUUUCUUAAUAUUUUUUCUCUUCGACCUUUUAAAUCACACUAGAACUACAGGACAACGACAACAAUAUGGUGCCCAAGCUUCUUUUAAGGAAAAAAAAAAAAAGAAAAAUAAGAAACUGGCAAGUUUGUGCACAUUUGCCAAUGUAACUAAACAGAUCCUAUUCACAACUAUGUAAAGAUAUGUCACGGGGUAAUUUCAAAUGUUUAAGAAAAAUUAAUAAUAUUUUUUAAGGUAUCCUUAUGCUCCUUUGAGUAUCAGUUCAGACGUGAUGAGGUGCUGCCUUGUUCCUCUCUAAGCAAAGGGGAACUUAACUGGGGUCUGGAAUAUAUUCAACAAUAUAUCAAAGUCUUUUUCAUCUUUUUUUUUUCAACCUGGUAUUUGUUUAAUGCACUUUAUGAUCAAAAGAAGGCAGUGAAUACAAUGGAAGGUCACUGUAUUUGAGACACAUACAGACACAUAAAUAUAUAUGUUUAUAUUUUUUCAUCCUGCUUUUUCUUCUUGACUGGUUUCAGUGCUUCAAAGCCCCUGGUAUUAGCUCUCUGCAUAGCCUUUUUUUCUUUUCUUCUUUUUUUGCUUCAAAUAAGAGAGCAGCACAUGUAUCAUCAUUUCCUCAUUUCCACAGCCCAAAGCUCUCCCACAAAAACCCAAACACCUUCCCAAAGUACUCAACCCAACAGCACCAAUGAACUCGCCACAUAAUCAAGAGCCUCAUGUGUCUCCCAGUGUGUGAGAGAGAGAGAGAUGGCCUAGCAAGGUGGCGACAAGCAAAUCCUCAGCCACCACGACUAGAGAUCUACAACCUACAAACGAGCAAGAUCAGCGGUAGCAAAAACAUACUAAUGAGGAAUAUCAAAGACGAAGAUGAGUCUGAUACUGAAAGGAGUUCUUGCGUGAGGAUGAACUUUUUUAACCCUUCAUUGUCCCCCACACACACACACACACACACCUCACCCCCCCCACCCGCCCACUAGAGCUGGACAAGAGCCUUCCAGAUGGAUAAGCAGCGACACAACUCUGCUGGAUUUUUUUCUUUUCUUUUCUUUUCUUUUUUACAUGUGUGAAAUGAUUUUGAUUGAAGUUAUUGAAGGGAUUUCACUUUCCUUUUGAUUUUUUUUGUUUGUUUGUUUGUUUGUUUGUUUGUUUUUUUUUGCUUUGUUUUUGUUGUUUUCUGUCUCUACGCCUUGUACUAACCGUAUAAAAGGAAAAGGCAGGGCCGGAGGGGUUGGUUGUACAGGCAGGCAUUUUUUACUGCUUUUUCGCCCAUGGUAGCGUUCCCUGUGAGAUGAGAACCAGAAUCACGGCUGGUCAUGGAGGUCUGUCACACCUGCUCUCUCAUCAUCCCAACAGGCAGAUCCAGAUCCAUUCACAUUCUCUGGAUCUAUUUGUAGUAUUUGUCUUUAUCGCCCAGCCCAUACACACAGACACACACACACACACACACACACACACACACACACACACACACACACACACACACACACAGAAAUGGCUGCUUUUCGUAGCGCGUGUCAUGAUCUCAUGUUGAUAUGGUGGACAUCAGCAACUCCUCUCGCCUCCUGCUCUACUUCAUAUCACACAGGAAACCUCCCCUGCCGCCUCUGAGAUUACACUUUGCCACAUGAUGCUCAUAUCAUAUCCUUACCGUUACACACACACACACACACACACACACGUGCACAUACAUGAUGCCAUAAGCUUUAACUUUUGUGUGUCAUUUAGAAGUGGUUGAUUUGCCAACUGUUUUUUUAUUUCAUUUUUUUUUUUUGUUUCGUUCACUGCAUAGCCUACUUUUUUCUUUGUUUUGCUUUUUAUUAUGAUUAGAUUUUUCAUCCGUUUGACGAUGGUCAGCCUUAUCCUGCGCAGUACACUGAGAGGGAGAGAGGGAUAAAGAGAGGUAGAGGCGGGAUGGAGAGAGAGAGGGAGGGUAUAAAAGGACUCACUUAUUGGUUCUGAGCGCUCUUCACCAAGUCCUGAAGUGCCUUUACCCAGUGAUCCGCCACCCCACCACUGACUGCCCCACACCACCACCACCAUCACUGACAGUCCCCACGUAUAGCCUCUCCUGCCAGGCCCAGUGCACCCCCACCACCACCACCACCACCACUGACAACUACCACCACCACAGCCACCUUGUUCAUCUGGCUAUACAGAACCAUUGAAAGGAAAUAGUGAAGUUCCACAACACUGUUCUUUGCUCCCAAAAGUGUACCAGUACUAUGUUUCAGAUGCUCAGUCCUUCAUCAAAGUGAGUUAACUUUUGGGUGCUUUGAAGAGUGUUGCGGGCCUUUAUUAUUUCCUUUCAGCUAUCUUCGGUUUGGUCUAGUACCUGUGUGACUGAUGUGCGUGCAUUCUCUGCCUUUUUGUCAUAGAAUCAUCAUUAGGAAGUAGAAGUCUGGCAUCAGAGUCUCGUAGCAGGUGACCACGGCACUGGGCUGUACCCCUCUCUCCUCUCUCUCUUGCCUCAGAAGAAAAUUGCCACAGACUGUUUGGUGCCAAGAAUUGUGUCAGUCGUGAGCACUUGCUAACUAAGACUAGGGCCUACUCCCUCUCCUCUCCAGAGUAGAGCAAUGUGGGGGGGCGGUGGCUUCCACAGAUGGCAACAGAAGCAGUGGUGGCAGUAGUGGUAGUGACGGAUCUACUCAUUUGAGGGCCCUAGGCGGAAUAUAGACACAGGGCCCUCUAGAAAUAUUGUUGCUGGUGUUUACCAUGGCGGACUGACUGUUGGGGGCCCCCUAGAGGCCAGAUUAGGUGGGGCCCUACGGGGUGGUGGGGGGGCCCCUAGGCAAUUUCUUGGUCUGCCUUAAUGGUAAAUCCGGCUCUGGGUGCUGCUAGUUGUAGUAGCGGUGGCGGUGGCGGUGGCGUGCCUGCCGUGCACUUGUCCAUCACACCUCUAUGUCAAGGUCAAAGGUCAAUGACCUUUAAACUCUAAAGCUCUACCUGAAACAGCACUGAACAUGUUUUGAUCUUUUGUCUUAACCAAUGAAAUUCACGGAUGCUGCAGAAGGAAAUCUGUUCGUUGUUGUUGUUGAUGAUGAUGUUGGGGUUGGGGGCGGGUGUGAUUUGGGGUGGGGUGGAUAUAAUUGAUCAUGUGUGCUGUAAUGAACCUCGUUUUGAACAGCCUGCCCUGUUGUCUGCCUCUCACCAGUGGAAUGUGGUUUUGGUUUUUUUAUGUUGUUUUGUAGCCUCCUCUGUCCCUUCCGGCUGCCGCAUGUGUAUCAGUGAAUGUAUGUGUGAGUUUUACCUCAUCGUCAGGGAAUCACGGAGUGGCUUCACGUCGACACACCAAAUCACUUUCAUCCUCCCUGAAAUGAUUAGUAAGUGUACAAUACAAAGGUUUAGGACAAGCAGCUUUUUUUGUGUCAGGAUUUUUUGUUGGCUAGCAAGUCAGAAUGUUUUCCGAUUUUGGGUUUGAAAUGCUUUUAAGGACGGUUCAAUAUCCAAUGGCCGUGGCCUUCUUUGCCUUUUUACCUUCACAGUGCUAUAGGACCUCUUAGGAAGUGCAGCCCUCAUCCCAGCUGCGAAACGCACCACAACUGCAAGUUAAACACUCGUCCUUUCACCCUACCCGACAGAAUGCACUUUUCUUCAACUUCAUUCAACACUGCAAAUAGAACAUGUGUUUCCCAUGAGCUGUAGGACACAAAAUGAGUUUUGUUUUGUUUUUAUAUAGCUUAACCACGAUGGAAAUUGUCAAACUUUAUUUUUGUAUCGGCCCUCUGUUGGAAGGCCAUUUAGUAGCUUGCUGAUGGUCUUCUGAUAUUCAUAGAUUUAGUUUCAAAGCUGAGAUCACUACUGCUGUGCCUUUGGCAUGUUAUCAUAACUCUGCUCUUUCACACAUCACAGGCAUGCAAGUAGAAUUCCCCUCUCUCUCACACACACACACACACACACACGCUAUCUCAGCUGUCUGGUCUGAGCUUGACCCGCGGUUAACAUGCGCGGUUCUGAAGCUCUCAUCAGUCUGAGCCAAGUCUAUAUAGAGUGCCAAGGUCUAUGGAGUUAGGUACAGCAGGUCCCCCCUGAGCUGUGUACAGGUCAUGAUAUACUGGGCAACAUUUAGAGCAAUGCGUUUGGGCAACGAUACUAUACUAUAAGAUGAUGUUUGGACUGUUUGUCACUGUAACACCAAUAUCAAAAGGACUUGGAUCAGCAGCAGACAACUUUUCCAACUAUUCCAUUGGAAAAAAUGCAGAGCCAAUCGUAAUGUUGUGCAGGAACAUUGCUCAAAAAGUUGCCCUGCGGAUCAUCCCCCUAAGGGUUCAGGAGAGUCGGGCAGGCUCGGCCUGCUGUGCUGACACUCAACUCUGACAUGAGGGACGGGAGACGGGUUCGAGAGAGGUCGGGACAGACAGACACAUCAGAAACCCUCAAAACAGUGUCACCUCUCGAAUACCUGUCUCUUUUUGUUUUGUUUCAUGUUUUGUUAUGUUUUUCUUUUUUUGGUUGUUUUUUUAUGCCCCUCUUGCGCCUGUAGUUCUCUCAGUGGUUACGGAGGGUCUUGGAUUUUUAAACAAAAACAAAAAAAUUGGGGUGAAGGGAUAGGGGAGGGGUGGAGGCCGAUACGGGUUUUUAUUCUAUACUUCAGUGUCUCAACUUUGGGCAAACACGUGUAUGCUUCAAAGUUGGGGGUGCGCUGAAGUGUCAAUUCUGUUAAUGCAUGUUAAAACCGCGUUUUAAUUUGUACAUCAGAGUUUGAUUAUGGGAAUAUUUGAUAUAAAAAAAAAUAAAACUGGAAUGCACAACCUUUUACA